AUGGAGGAUCAAGGCCAGCACGGCAUGGCAGCUCAGCAGGAUGCUGCGAGACAUUAUCAACCUGUUCUAGAGGGCCUCAAAGUUGGAAACAAAAUCCUCAGCGAUGCAAUCACCAACGAGUAUGCAAAGGCCGAUCCUGUUUACGUUGAAAAGACAAUCGCCCUCCCCCAGACCUACUCUCACUAUCGUCCUAUCCUAGGCGACGGCAAUUGUGGUUGGAGAGCAAUUGGCUUCAGCUAUUUCGAGAAGCUCAUUGAGUCGGGCGACCAGGCCAAGAUUGAGGGCGAGGUCGCUCGUCUCAUGAGUAUGAACCCUUUGCUGACCACUGUGGGAAACUAUCCAUACUGGGAAGAAAUGGCAGAGGUGAUGCUGGAUCAUCUGAGAGAAGUCGCCCAGAAUGUCUCCAACCCUCAGUACGCCCAUCAGUUGAACCACGAAAAGUGGAACGAGCCCGGGACUUCGGACAGCAUGAUUUACUACCUUCGUCUGCUCGUCGGAACAUUUAUCAAGAACGAUCCUACUACCUUUGAACCUUUUGUAACCGACGGCAGCGGCGUGGCGGGUUACUGUUCCCAGCAGAUCGACAUUCCCAACCGCGAGAUUGAAGAGAUCGGUGUCUCGGCACUCGUUCAGAUCCUACUCAAACCCGUCGGUUUUGUUCUCGAGGUCGCCAUGCUCGACCGCAGCAUGGGCAGCGAAGUAAACCACUAUCGCUGGCCUGAAGAAGCUAACGGGCAGAACGAGGCCGACUUGGGCCCCAUCAUCUACUUGCUCUACCGACCCGGCCACUACGACGUUCUGUACAAGUCCAUGACCACCCAGGUGCUUCGCGUCAGCGGCUUUACGCACAAUACCAACAUCACGACCGAUCAAGCCGAUCUUGGUCAAUACACCACCAUGAACUUUGAUGCCUUGUCCAUUAUCCCGGGCUUCAGCAGUUCUGCUGCUAUGGGGGGACUACCGCAAUUCGCACCACCUCCUUCCAGCGCCGCAGAAUCCUUUUCGCCUAUACAGCAAAGCCCGUGGAUAUCUACCUUCCCCGAGCCUUUACCCACGCCGACACCGCGAGCAGUACCUCCCCCGCCGUCUCCCAUCAUGGCGAGUCCUCAACCUCCCACACCACCUGCUUCAAUAUCCGGCAGCUCUGCAAUGGCACCAAGUCCAGCCAUGGUCGCUGCCCCUGGACCUCAAAACUCUCUUCCUCUACGAACCGCUGCUUCCAGCUAUCACAUCCGGUUCAGCCCUGUUCAAUUGGAGUACGACGAGGGUAAAAACAGCUUCCCCGAUUCAACGUUUCAAGUGACGACCAAUACGUUUAAGAACAGUAUUUGGAACAGAGCGCAUUACUGCAAUCCCAACUUUCACCCCGAAGAAUGGAAUCCAGACGACGAGCAUACGGACAAUAGAGUCGGAACUAAACGCAGGCCGAAGAAGGAGAUGUCUUAA